UGGAAGGAGAACCCGGCCCUAACGGAGGCCCAGGUCCAGGCCAUGGCUCUGGGGAGACAGGCCAGUGUAGAGAUGGAACUCAAACGAAGAGAAGCUGUCUACAGAGACGUCCUCAAUAAGCAACAGACUCUGAUGAUGUACGUUCAGAAGGUGAUCACCAACAGGAAGGUGAGAGAGCAGCAGAUGGCCAUGGCCAACCAGGCCCAGCUGAUGAGCCAGAUGAACGGCAUGCUGGGAGCUGGAGGGAUGAGCCAGAUGGAACUCUUGGGGUUGUACCAACAGCUGGGGGCGCUACAGGGUCAUCCCACCCACCCCUCCAUGGGCGGCAAGAACCCCGGCCCCUCCAAGGGCAACCUGUAAGGGGAGGUGGACCCAGGGCUGGCUCCACAUAGUCCCCUAUCUAUUCUCUACAUAGUGCACUAUCCACUAUUCAUAUUGGCUCUGGUCAAAAGUAGUGCACUAUUUAGGCAAUAGGGUAUCAUUUGGGACUCAGACCCACUCACUCCCCCCUCACUGUCUCACUCAGUAGGCUGCUCCCUAAUGCUGCUUCGUCUCCUAUGUAGUGCACUAGAUGGAGCCCGGUGCCCUAGGGUUUUGGUUAGAAGUAGUGCACUAUGUAGGGGAUAUAGGGGUGUGAUCUGGGACGUUGCCCGCUGUCUACGACCCUUCUUCACUGGGGAGAGACGACACAGAGAGAAGGGUCUCGGAGCCCCUCACCUCUCCCUCAUGUCUCCUGAAGCAGGGAAUGAAAUGACUUGUAUAGGGACUAUAUGAAGGGGUUUUAGAAAUGUCAUAUGAAAUGUUGUAUAUACCGCCUUAAUGUUAUUCAAGUUCUCUUCUGUCUUCAGUUUUCAUGUAUUUAAAAUAACGUAAGGAAAAGGGAAAUGUUUUUGUCCCAAUGCUUUUAAGCAUUACGUUAUUGUUUCCCCUUAAAGAAGGGGUUGAUUAAUAGAUGAUUCUGUAAGUUGUGUUUUGAUACAGUUUUAAUGAAUGCCUGUCUGUCUAAAGAACCCCAGAGACCGUAGUGCUGACUAACGGGGGACUGUUUUAGGAUAUUACACAUCUAGAUGAUUAGAUCCCCUAUAGAACCCUCCCUCCACCAAGACACGCGGGCAGACAGACACGCAGGCAGACAGACAGACAGACACGCAGGCAGACAGACAGACA